CAUCUUACCACGAAGCUCGUCGGCGGCUCUUCUAAGGCUAGUCAUAGUGGGAGUAACUUAGCUAGUAACAUAACACACUUUAAUUUUUAUUUAUUUAUGUGACAAGUAAUUAAUGAAAGGUGGUAACGUAAUAUGUUACUGUAACAUAGCGCUUUUUAAGACAAGAUGAGUCUACAAGAUAAUUAAUGAAGCCAUCUAAGUUACUACUAUUAUGUUACUUUGCAUUAUAAAAAUAAUAACUUAGGCUAGUGUGACACUAGUUUAAGUUAUUUUACAUUAUGAAAAUAAUAAUUUAGACUAGUAUGACACUAGUCUAAGUUACUUGCCACUAUGACCAGCCUAACCAACAACACCCCGUUCCGUCAAAUCUAGAUUCUGCCCUAGAAUCGAAUAUGAUGGCUCUUGAUAUAGAUCCGCUGGAUGUUGACGUUGAUCCGCGGAUAUUAGGAAUAGUGGAUGUUGGCCUAGAUCCGAAGAAGACAUUGGAUUUUGCCGUACUUCAAAUUCUCCGCUGCCGCUUCAUCCUACCGCCUGGAAGACCUACGAAGGAGUUUCUUAAAGUCUUGAAAAGCAAUCGUGGCGUGAUUCUUCCUCCGCUAAAUGUCAUUCGCCACAAGAAAAAGGAUCUUGUGGAAACCGCAUGGGGUUGGAAGAGGCUGUUGCCGUGGAUGCGUGGUUCUGUUCUCUUCGAGGAUUAUUUUACUUACCUUCAGCAGUAUUAUCAGAAGAAUAUCAAAGGUGUUUAUGAAUCUUUCAAGCUGGAAGACCAGAACUUUGAAGAUCCUUCUGCAGUUGCACGUCUCAACGCUGCAGCAGCCACUGGGUGUUUGGAGGCAGAGCAUAUGUUAUCUGGCAUCCUUGAUGACGAUCCUGAACUGAAUAAAAAGAUAGUGGAAGAAGCAAGUCGUUUCGAGAAUGGAGCUUCUACACUCACUGUUCCAGCAACAUCCAUCGUUCCAGCUGCUUGCUUUAUGUGUAUCACGGAGGAGGCUAAGUUGAUGUAUGUAUUGUGCACCACGAAGGCUGAUGAGUUUCCAGUUGAACUGAGGCAAGAGAAACUUGAGUUUUGCACUGAGGUCCGGCGGGUUGCCUUAUAUUUUCUGACCACAUACAAAGGGUCUUAUUCAAAGCAAGUCUCUGCUGCCAUAUUGGGCAUGAAAAUGGAGACUUCUACUGCACAUGCUCACUUGCUUGCUCCAGAAGCUAAGCGAGCCGAGCAAAAGCUUUACCUUUCUGAAGAAAUCCGACAUAGUUUGCUGAAACUUUUGAUCCUUAUUCAAGAACGAUUUCCUCCUGGAUCUCAUAUCGACUAUGAUCCGAUUGCACGUGUUCGUACUGCUUUGAAGAAGCACGAAUCAAAUGAGGUUUCUCCUGAUGAUAUUCCCAUUCCUAAAACUCUCACCAACAGUGCUGCUCCAUUGCCACGGAACCUAUCUGAACCAUGCAAUGAAUCUGAAAGUGCAGAUGUGAUUGCUGGCAGUCCUAACAACAUUGUUUUGGGUGCCACUCCAUCAUGGUCUCUAUCUGAUUAUGAAUCUGACCAAAGCAACACGAGCGGCAAGACAAGGAAGAGCAUUGGAGGGAUCUUAGACAGUGUAACUCUGGAGGAUUUGGGUAUUCAUAUUACCAGUGGUGACGUUGUGGCUCAUGCUGAUACCAUACCUGUUCACUCGAGUGGCGAAUCUGAUGACAAAAAUAACAAGGACAAAAAGAGAAGCAAAAGCGCUGUAAAGAUCCAGGGCAUGCUAGGAAAUGCAGAUGAUGAGAGCUGAUAAUCGUAAUGAAGGAGCAGCGCUGAUAAUAAUCUACUAAAAAGAUUGGCCAAGUCGACAUAGACUAUCUCUUGGGCUGCAGUACUUUGUGUUAUAGUAAACGAUUUUAUCCACCCAAGCUGAACCCUGUUGUUUUUGGUGUUAAUCUCUCCUUUGUGCUGCAGUGUUGUUCACUGGUGUCCUACAUUUCCUGUGUUUUUGAAUCAAAUAUGCUUGGUUCUAUCUACUGAAUUGAGUCAAAUAUGCUUAGUUUUAUGAGUUUGAACUGCAGAGAAGCCUCGUCUACUAAUCAGUGUUAGGCCCUCAGUGGCCGGUUUGGCA